AUGAAUUAUAACCGCAAUGUCGAUUCUCGCUUGGGAAACUCUAAUGAUUUCUCACGAGAAAUCGUCUUUAUACAAGCUGGACCAGCGUCAAAUUGGAUUGGAACUCACUUUUGGAAUUUACAAGAGAACAUUUUGUUCCAAAAACAGGAGACCAGUCCAUUUCUCCUGCCUGCCUUCUUCCGAGGAAGUGAAAAAAGCUCGUCGUACCUUCGGCCUCGUCUUAUUUCCAUAGAUACUCUUGGCAGUGUACGCAGUCCAGGCAUGGGAAUAGGCGAACCUUCACCAGGUUCCAACUUCGUAGCGUGGGAGGACUCAGUCCAGAUAAUAAGACAGGAUGAUCGUCAUCCCUUAUUUGAUGCGAAAAGUCAACAACAUUAUGAAAAGUCAGCAUUUGUCCGUUCUUAUGUGCAUAAAUCAUCCGAGGUUUCCAAUGAGAGACAAGAGGGGAACGAGACGACACGUCGGCCAACUUCCCGCCAGUGGAUGGACUGUUUACUUCCAACUGUGAAACGUAGGUGGGCUGGUGAAGAAACUCUCAUGGUUUUACAUGACUAUCUUGAUUCCUCGGGGCCCGGAGACGUUUUCGCUUCACCCCGCCUUUCAAACGAUGUCACAACCAGGAUUUGUGAAAAUGACGCGCCUCAGUUUGCAUCUUUCGCACAGGGCCUUGAUCUGUUUCGUGAGGGGAGUGACACAUUUGAUCAUUUCGAGAAUUAUUUUCACCGACUGGUGGAGGAAUGUGACCGACCAAGCGGUUUUUUCCUUCUGGUCGAUUCGGAUUCAGGCUUUUCUGGUGUGGCUCUCCGUCUUGGCGGUUUCCUUGGAGAGGAGUUUACAAAACGACCCGUGUUUACCUCCGCAAUCGCUUCGUGCAUUAGCUUUAACCAGCCCCGUCGAUGGUCUACAGUCUGUCUUAACCGCCUGGCUCUCUUUGCUGCUCUCGAGCAUGGCAGCGAUUGGCCGUCGUGUUCCGCUUGGUUGCCGUUGGCGAAUAUCGGGGAUGCUUGUGUGGCAUCCAGUCUCUUAGCGGCUGGAAUGACAACCGCUCUCAGCCCUUUAAUGCUGAAACACGAUCUAAAGUACUCCGUCGACCUAAAUGGCUUUGUAAUCGGACUAACACCCACCAGGAAAAAGAUGCUCUCGUUGUCGUUUGCUAACCAAAAUACAAAGAUGGCUGACUCUUCGAAGAUGGAGUGGAUCCACACGAGUACACUAAAGACGUGCUCAAAGCCAACUGAAGUUCGCCAAUGUAAUGCAGCCUCCCAUCCCAAUUCCCUAGUUUGCCAGUUAUCGAUACGUGGAAUUGAAAAGGGAAAAGAAGAAUGUUCCUCUCUUCUUCCUCAUCCCACUGGCCAUGCAUGCACCUUAAGUAAGGGUUUGAGUCCACGUCUGUCCUGUAGCCUACCAACACAUCCUCUUACGGUUCCGCGGUUAACUAGUGCACCAUCGUUCUGCACGCAGCCUACUUAUUCGUGCACUCGUGCAGUCAUAGAAGCCGUCAGUCACUGGACAGAUGAAAACCAAUGGCUGGCCUCGGGGCUGAAACACCACUUUGAGUCUGCAUUUUGCAACAAAUUCGACUGUGGAUAUGUAGAAACUGAUGAACUGAAUGAAAUAAAAGAGACCGCCACAGACCGUCUUGUGGAGGCAUAUGCCUCGGCGGAUGGCUGA